CUGAAAAGAAGUCAGACAGGUCGAACCAAUAUCCGCGCAAUGACUCCUAACCGGAUAUUUUCUGACUGAUACUGAGGAACCUCGUGUUUUUUACGCUUAUUCUGCGUGGGAAACUAAUUAUUUUAAAACCAGUAGAGGUAUUUUUCGUCAUUUAAAUCAGACAGGAUAAGACAGAGCAGACAGGUAUGGCACAACAAGCUGCAACAUGACUGGUGAUGAACUCCUGUGCGUAAGAGCUGGAACGAGCGGAGCACAAGGCGGUGAAGUCAGACUGUUCCAUGAUUUUCGGAGUCAUGGACGUGUUUUGGGUUAAUAGUACCAAUAGUAAAGUGUAUUUGAAUGUGUUUUGUGCGCAAAUGUGCGCUCGGCGGAGGAUGCCGGCGGCUCUGUGGCACACUGGACUCCUGCUCAGCUUCCUGUGUAUGUGCGCCUGUCUGGGGGAGGACUGUGUUCUUGGUAUAGUGGGACGCCCGGUGUCUCUGCCCUGCUUUUACCCUGACUUACUAACUUUAGCGAAUUAUUCCAUUGAGUGGAGGAGAGAGGAUGAAGUGGUGCUCAGAUCAGUGUGGGAAGAGGAUGGAAACAUUCAGAUAUGGAGCAUGAACAGAGCCACGGUCCACACUGAUGCUACACAAACUGGAAACUUCUCUCUGGAGCUGCCAGAAGCUGAUCCCAAGCAGGACAACGUUUCUUACAGUUUUUUCAUCAUUUCAGGGGAGAAUCAGAGGUCGCUGGUGUGCAAAGUGUGUCUCAGGAUAGCAGCCAGUUUCAGCUUCCCAGACCUCCACAGGGAAGAAGCAGUCGAGGGCCAGGAGACGUCCUUCCACUGUCAGUCCAGCGGCGGUUACCCUCAACCUGUAGUCUACUGGCUCAUCAACGACACCGAUGAGCCCCCCGAAGGCUCAGUGAGGACCCUGGCAGCAUCGCUCACCGACUCCCGCCUCUACAACAUCACCAGCCACCUGACGGUCAACAUUUCCAGAGACUCCAGCGUGACGUGCAUCAUAGAGAACCCGUCCAUGAAUGAGACGCAGACGUCCACCAGCUACGGAACGCCCAGCGGCCCCGUGGUGAGCCGAGCCUCCGAGGCCAUGUGGAUCUUCAGCACGGCUCUGUGUGCGGUGGUGGGCGUCUUGGUGAUAGUGGGGGUUUGGUACCAGAUCCACCUGGACCGGAUCAGUAAGAGGAAGAAGAAGGAAUACCAGCAAACACAGAGAGGAUACAAAAGACGACGUCGGUACAAAGAGGAAGCUGAAAUGAUGAGACAGGAGUCAAAGGAGACAGACGUGUGAAAUUCUGAAUCUAUGAACUGUCACUUUUUAUUUUUCAGCCGCAAGGCAACAAAGCACUGAUAUGUAAAUAUGUA